AUGCUCCCGCAUAUCCUUCGUCAAGCAACUGUAUGGUUGCUCGUGGCAACGUUGUGUGCUGCACAGAGCGACAUCAAGUUCAUGUACCUCUACAAGAAUGCGAAGACAUCCAACAAUCAGGCAAUCAAGACUAAAGGUUUCAACGCUCUCUCUAUAUUCGGCGUCGACUUGAAGACGAGUGGCGACAUUGUCUGGAAACUAAGCGUGCUCGACGGAUCGCCUGAUGUUACUCUUGCCUCCAAUGGCAGCUAUGUCGGAGGUUCCGAUUACGCCAAUCUGAUCAAAGCCUACAAGACAGGAAACACACACAUCGAUCGAGUCGAAGUGACGCUUGGCCAAUACCAGAACAUCAAGACUCAGGUUGGUCAGGGCAUCGGUCCUUCAACGACUCUGUACAGGAAUCUGGCCGCUCUCAAACACGCAUGGAAUCUGGAUGCCAUCACCAACGACGACGAAGCCGAGUACGAUCUCUCCAGUACCGUCAAGUUUGCUCUCAUGCUUGGAAGGAUCGGAUACAAAUUCACAGCAGCACCCUACACCGAGAUCGACUACUGGGCUGAGCUGGUCAGCCAGGUGAAUGGCAACACUUCCGGCCUCUUCGACCGGGCAUACCUGCAAUGCUACGAUGGAGGAGCUGGCAACGAUCCAUCUCAAUGGAUCGACAGCCUCAAGAUCCCAAUCAUUCCUCUCUUGUGGGUUACCAACGAUGCGAAGCCUGCAGAUAGUAUGACGCCGCAGCAGAGCCAGUCACAGUUCCAGAACUGGACGGACAACGAUCGGAUCUCUGGUGGAGGCUACUGGAACAACUACGAUAUCGAAAAGCAGAAUAGUUCGUACUCGGCGUACGCGAAUGUGUUGAAUCAGGUGUUUGGCUAA